CAGACGAGGGACCCGGCCUGCGCGGCUCCGUCGGAGGCAGGAAGAAGAAGAGCGGGGCCGCCGCCGCCGCCUCCCCUACCCCCUCACCCCCCGCAGCGCCCUUCCCGGCGGAAGAGGGGGACCCCGCGCGUCCCCAGGGGGCGAGAAGCAACUUGGAGCCGGGACGGGGGCAGCAUCGGGACCAGCCGACGACCCGGGCGGGAGGAAAAGGAGCGCGGAUCUGUCACCGGGACCCUCGGAGGCCGGGCUGGGCGCUCCGGCGCAGCGCAGCCCAUGGAGCCUCCCGGGUCGGGUGCGGCGGCGGCUGCCACCUUGCUCACGGUCAUGGAUCCCUCCGUCACCCUGUGGCAGUUCCUCCUGCAGCUGCUGGAGCAACAGAGCAACGGACAUCUCAUCGCAUGGACCUCCAAUGACGGAGAGUUCAAGUUAGUUGAUGCUGAAGAAGUGGCACGGCUCUGGGGGCUGCGGAAGAACAAGACCAACAUGAACUACGACAAGCUGAGUCGGGCCCUGCGCUACUACUAUGACAAGAAUAUCAUCCGUAAAGUCAGUGGGCAGAAAUUCGUCUACAAAUUUGUCUCUUACCCGGAGCUUUCAAGCAUGGAGGGAGUAAAGGAUGAGGGAGGACCCAAAAGGCCCGAGCAGGUGCAGAGUGAAGCAAAAGGGGGCGAGGGGUCACUUGGGGCCCCCAAAGCCCUGCGUGGAGGAGGGGGUGCCCCACGCAGCAGCCGGAAUGAAUAUAUGCGCUCUGGGCUCUACUCUACUUUCACCAUUCAGUCGCUGCAGGCUCCUUCGCCCGCUGGCCGGGCCUCCCGCCAGGAGACGGAGCUCUUGCCCACAGUGCCACCCCCUGCUGCUGCCCCUGAGCCACCACCCCCCUCCUUGGCCACAGUGGACGAUCUGCCUCAGUUGCACAUCAGGAUUGAAGAGCCAGAGGAGUCUCAGGAGCCCUUGCAGGUCAUAGUGGAGCCCAGCCCAUUGGAUCCUCCCCCCCUUGAUGAGAAAGUUCUGGUGAAGGUGGAAGAGAACCUUGACCUUGAUGGGGAAGCAGCCGCUCUGCUGGUCUUAAUGGAGGCUGGCGUCAAGGAGGAGACCUUGCCUGUGGAGAAGGCCUCUUUGGAGAAGGUGUCCUUGGAGGCUGAGAUGCCAGAGGAGGGGGGUGGUCUGCUGAAAGAGGAAGCUCAGUCCCCCAGCCCAGCAACCGUGUCUCUUGAGGGACAGCCUCAAAAGGGCAAGAAGCCCAAAGUCCUGGAGCUCCCUUCACUGUCAACCCAGGAGAAAGUGAAUGCCACUGUGAACAGUCUCUUGGCACCUGGAGGGGCAGGGAGUACGCUGACCCCAACCACGGUCAUUUCUUCUCAUGCACUGACCCCAGUGCUGCUCACUCCAAGUUCCUUGCCACCCACCAUCCAUUUCUGGAGCACACUCAGCCCCAUCGCACCCCGCAGCCCAGCCAAGCUCUCCUUCCAGUUUCCCAGCAAUUCCAGCUCCCAAGUUCACAUCCCCUCUCUCAGUGUGGAUGGACUCUCCACCCCUGUAGUCCUCUCUCCUGGACCCCAGAAGCCAUAGCUUUUCUGCUCACCAUCGCUGUGUCCUGUACUCCUGCCAAAGAGCUGGUUUGAGUUUCUUUCCGCGCCGUUGGGAUUACUUCCCUGGAUGGACAACUGUGUGUGUCUUCACUGGCCGGAGGAUCCCUUUGGUGAGCCAAGGACCGAUGAGCUGCUUGAAGGAUGGAAAUGGUGUAGCAAACAGAUCUCAUCCAAUUGCCUCGAAUAGGCCAGGAUGUUCCUCUGAAACCAAAUGGUGUCUCCCUAACACCAAUAAGUUGUUGUGCUGCACCUACCUGCUUCUGAAAAGCUUCAUGUGAUCCUCAAAUACCUCUCUGGGGGCAAAGAGGUUAUAACCUCAGUUAUUUGCCGCCCACCAAUUAAGGGUUUGCCCAUAUCUACCUUUAGUAUAGCAGUAUGGGCUGUCCUUUGUAUUCUCUUUCUUGGUAUUCAGUCUCAUAAUGGAGAUGAGUUGAGGUGAUGGUCCAAGUUCAAGAAGGCGACCUGACAUCCUACAAGGUAAAUCAACUAUCUCCUGGUAUAGACCCUGGUAUAGACCCUGCCAGCAAUGUUUGUUUUAGUUGUCUGCAGGGGGGCAGAAGCAGCACCAACCAUAUUUGUAUUGACUGUGUGUUGAUUUCAACUAUGGAUGAUCAGGAUGUUGGCGUGCAAGCUAUUUUUGGGCCAAAAGAGUUUCAGCCAUGUUUGUGGCUGGAUGCAAAUAAGGAUGUCAAGGUUAACCACAUCUGUUGUGGCUGAAAAGAGAAGAGGAAACACAGUUGGUCAUGUUUCUUCAGACUUCACGAAAGAUGGUUUUGGCACAGGGUGUUCUUUGAUUGGCUUGGCAAGGCAAAGGAAAAAGCGUUGGAUGUGUUUGCUGGUCAACGCCAGAGGAAGAAGCACUGCCAGUCAUGUUCAGUCUUGCCAGAUAAGGUAGCUGAGUCAGCCGUUAUCGUUCUGGCUAAACAAUGUUGUCCUUUGGCUCAGUGAGGUGGGAGAUGUUUCUGGCGUUUCUUUUGGAUAUGUCAGACAUUCCACCUGACAUCACAACUACAGCUGAGAAAGCCCUGUUUUUGUUUUAUUCUACUGAUGCACCUAAAGGUCAAAGGUCACCAGUUCGUCAAUGUGGAGACCAGAGAACAGAAGUCCCAGAAUGGUUUCCUUAAUUUAUUUGCUGACGACAAAGGUCACCACAGAAAUGACCAAGCGAGAAGUCUUAAUCCUCUCAACUUGGGAGUUGGUCUUCAUGGCUUCAUUUCUUUCUUCAGUGGAGAAAUAUAAGAUGUUGACCAUCUUCUGGGGAAGUUUAACUUGCUGACUGGUCACUAAAGAGAAAGUCCUCGCAUAUCUUCUCACUUCCAGCUCUCAAGUCACCCUGGAAGCCACAGUGACAAAUUCCCAUGUCAGAGGGUAUCCUGGUCAUUUCCUGAAACCAAAACAAGGGGGCAAGGGAGGGGGGAGGCUUUCUAUGGAAACAGUGAAAAGGAAGUUAAGCCUCUUUCUGCAGCUUCCCACUUCCUUCUACCGGUAGUUACAUCGAAAGGGAAUUUGUGACUCUUUCUAAAGGGCUGUGUCUUUUCAUAAGGUGAGUUUUUAACUUGGGUCCUCAGAUCGCGAAAACGUCAUCCCUUCUGGUUUGAGGUUUUUGUGGGGAUUCCUCAGAAGUAUUUGUUAAUGGAGCAGAAAAGAUGCUGUUUCAGAAAUAUCAUAUGAUUCCUAAUCAGAACUCCCGACGCCUUCUAUUUUUUCACAGAGUAUAUAGCACAGUUUUAUCUAUUAUCAAAAUGGUCAUACUGAGAGAAAAGUAGAUGGUUUAAAGCUAUAUUUAUCUUUUUAUCCGUCCAUUUUUUAUAUCUAUUUUUAAAGGUGGGGGUGGGAGAUCAAGAUUUAUUUUAAAGCAAGGUGGGAAAGAGAAGUGCUUGGCUCUCCAGUUGUGUUUGGUUUUUAAGUGGACAGAAGACUAUGGGACAUGUUUUCAGGGCGGUGGUUUUCAGAUUGUUCCCAGAAUGUUCCCUCAGUUAGAAGUUCAGCAAUGAUGGAUAGGCUGCUCUGUGAGACAACUUGCCUGCCAUUACUGAGAUUCCCCCAACUUCAGCAACAGGGAAACAUUGAGCAUUGAUUUAGGGGAGCCCAGGGAGCCUGUCCAGAGCCCUGGAUGCAUGCAUGCCCUGCCACAUUCAGGGACUUGGCAGCAGAUACACAGCAGCUCCUCAGCAACAAGGCCUCCCUCCUUGUGGGAAGGGUUCGCUGAAUGAAGAAAAGAGUUGACUGUGCCAAACAGCACACCUGGGUCACACAGGAUGUGGGGAUGAAGUGCGGCUUCAUUGAAAUCUCUCCCUCCCUCCCUCCCUCCCUCCCUCCCUCUCUCUCUCUCUCUCUCUCUCUCUCUCUCUCUCUCUCUGGUAUCUGAGGGCCAAACUAGAGCAAUGGCAUGAAAUCCAUGGGGAGGGAUUCUGUGUCAUGCUCUUCUGAUUGUUCUGUCAGUGCCAGCAUUUCUGCUUGCCAGAUGGAAUAGCUACUCAUCUCUUCCCCCGGGGGGGUGUUCUGGGGUUUCUCGUGACCCUCCAGAGCAGAUUUGGGGGAGGCUGGGUGUGAGGGGAGGGGAGAAGGCCCCUUUGCACCAGCGGGAGCCCUUGCACUGGCUUUUGCUAUGGUGACAGGUUAGUUGACUACAGGCCCAUGUAUUUAAACGUGGAAAAGACCCCUUGCCACCUUGAAACUGGGGCUGGGGGGGGGGAGCUGACAAAGGGAGAAGGUCUUCUGCAUGAGGAGCAUGGAACCCUCCCUGACUCACAGUUUGUUGUGCAUGGGUUUUCCACCAGCAGGGAUCCCAUAUGGAAAGUGAGUUUAGUUGUGAGAAAACUAUGGAAAGGGUGGGGUAAGGAGUUAUCGCCCCCACCCAUCUGCCCCUCUUGCAGUUUGAAAACACACACCUGCUGCAUUUGUGUCCAGUUUGGCCCUGACUCGCUUAUACCCGGUUGUAACUUUAGAAGUAAUUAAGACGCACAGGAUUCAUUCCUUUGGCUCUUUUGUGGCCGAUGCUGCUAAAUGUGCUCUUGCUACCGCAAGUUAUGAAGCCAGAGGAAGCCAAGAGGGAGUAGAGAUUGGAUGAUAGAGACAAGACGUGGCCCAAAAGCAUUUUAAGUGGCAGAUUUUCUGUGCUUUAAAAGAAAUAUGCGGUUAAUUUUAAUCAUCCCUUUGUGUUGUGUAGCAUUUAAUAGUAAUAAUGAUUAUACUUUCUUGCACUUCCAUAUUGCCUCCCAUUGGGAGAAAUCUUAAGUGCUUUACAAGGGGUGGUUUACAGAUUUAUUUAAUAAAUUAGGCACUUUGUGUAAACAGCAAUCUGCAACUCAAUCAGGUACAAAUCAUGAGUGUUAACUUUGAACAAAUCAUGUAUGAUUUGUGUAUAAAGUAAGGUGUGCUUUAGCGCAAACUGUGAGUACACUGUCAUAAGCCAUGAGUUACACAAGCAAAACAGGUGGGAACGAGAACACAUUGUGGCUGAGCCCAAUGUAUCCAAGUGGCGGAUGGAAGGAUAAACCAUUGGCAAAGCGCAGGCAAGGGAAGAGUGAACUAUGGCAAGACAUUGUGUAACCCUCUAAUACAUCAUGUGUAAGUGUUUGUAAAUGAUGAACUUGUAACAUAAUUUCAUCAAUAACCUGUGGUUUAGCUUUAGCCAUCCAACAUGCAAACCGCAGGUAAGCCAUGAGUAAACAAUCAGUAAAAUGCAAAUAUUGUUUCAUGUAAACUAAGUGAAAUAUGGUUACACUUUUGAGUACACCAUAUGCAAACAGUGAGCCAUGAUUGACCAAUAUGGUCAAGCCAUGUGAGAGCCUGCACACUGCUUAGAACCAUUUGAGCCGGGCUUUCUCCGGCCGCUGGCUCUCCACAUGGAACCCCCCCCCUCUCUCUCUCUCUCAUGCAGGUGCCAUUGGGCUUGUCCCAGUUUUAUUGAGAGCACCCAGCAAAGUAGCUUUAUAAAUCUUUUGCCUAGGACAAACGGCCUCUUUGGCGCUCUCCAUCCUGAAGCCUGUGUCUUCGGGGUUAAUUGCUUGAAAGUCCCUGGGGGGGACUUAGGAGGGUGCGGCUCUGAAGGAGUCAAAGGAAUGGCACGCAGUCCUAGGGGGGUAUUUUGCUCCUCCCUCCCUUCAACAUGCGUAGCUUUUAAUAACUUGCUGUGCUGGAGUAAAACAACUUUUGUAGCCAUAUGUUAGUGCUGACCCACGUGACAAAAGGAUCCUCAUAUGAUGGCAUGUUCAAGAGGUGACUGCAAAAGGACCAUGGAACACGAGACUGCGGCAAAUGACAUACACUGCAUAUAUUUUCCUUCUCAAGUUCAGUUAUCUUGUAAAUUGAGAGUAAUUCUGCGAGAUCAGUGGAUCUGAUUAUUUUAUAAGCCAAAACAAUCAGAAAAUACUUUAGCAUUUGGGGUUGCUUAAUUUUAAUUUUUAUAUUUUUGAAAUAAUUUUUAUUUGAUUUUACAAAUAUGAAAUUAUAAUAAUCCAAAUACAUAUCCAUAUAUUGAAAUUACUCUGAAUCUUGCGACUUCCCCCCACUCCCUCCAUGGGGUCCUAUUUUCAACAUUUUCAACUUCUUCCAUAAUCUAAAUUUUAUAUCAAUCCAUAUUGUCCAAAGUAUUUAUUACAUUACAAGUGGAAUUAAAAUCCUGCUAAUGUUUCCAUCUGCUUACAGUGGUCUCCUAGAUCAGCGUUUCUCAACCGCUGUUCCGCGGCACACUAGUGUGCCGCAAGACGCUGGCUGGUGUGCCGCGAUGUGCGGCGACGAGAAGGGCGAUUUGCAUUGUCACGUGCCUGGCGGCCGCCAAUAUAAAACACUGACCCGCCGGAAAGGAAGCCGGCCAGGUCACGACGCGGGGCGAGCGCAGCUCUCAACAGCCACCACCACGGGAGGGUGGUUUUAGACAAACUUAAAGAAGCUGGAUGGAUGAGCUCAACCUGAAACUUGCUGAGCAAAGGAUUGUGCUGGCAGAGAAAUCAGCGGCUUGUGAAGCCUUAUUACAGGAGAUUGCAACCAACACAGCAAUUGGCAAGUGUUUCUUACAGUCAUAAUUAUAUAGUCAAUAUAGGGCGGCACAGAGUUAACUUUUUUAACUUUUUUAAUGGUGGUGUGCCUCGUGAUUUUUUUCAUGGAACAAGUGUGCCUUGGCCCCAAAAAGGUUGAGAAACACUGUCCUAGAUAACUUAUAAAAUUUUCCCAUUCUUUUUUUAAAGUUUUUGCACCCCUGGUUCCUGAGUUUUCCAGUCAGCUUUGCCAUUUUGGCAUCAGCUUAGUUUGCCAUUCCUCUCUGGUAGGGACUUUGUCUUCUUUCCACCUCUGGGGUAGUAACAUCCAAGCAGCUGUUGUGGCAUACAUAAAAAGUAUUUUCUGUUCUUUUGAGAUGUCGGUACCUAUAAUUCCUAAUAAGAAAGCUUCUGGUUUUUUAACAAAGGUUAUUUAAAACAUUUUUUUCAUUUCAUCAUAUAUCGUCUCCCAGAAGGCUUUUAUUACCUUACAAGUCCACCACAUAUGAUAAAAGUACCUUCUUUUUCUUUACAUUUCCAGCAGGUAUUUGUACUUGUCCUAUACAUUUUUGCUAGCUUACUAGGAGUCAAAUACCACCGGUACAUCAUUUUCAUACAAUUUUAUUUCAAACAUGCCGUAAAUUUCAAGUUUGUUUUCCAUAACCUUUCCCAAUCUGCCAUCUAAAUAUUGUGUCCCAAAUCCUUUGCCCAGUGUAUCAUUACCGACUUGACCUGUUCAUCUUUUGUAUGCCAUUCUAAGAGCAAACUCUACAUUUUCGGCAAUAAGUUGGUAUUAUUUUCUAACAGAUCUUUCUGAAAUCUUCAUAUCUUACAACUAAAACCUUUCUUAUGGUCUGUUUUAAAAAUAUCAUUUAGUUGGUGAAACUCUAACCCAGGCAUCCCCAAACUGCGGCCCUCCAGAUGUUUUGGCCUUCUUCUUCUUCUUUGACGAUCACUCGUAGCCGAGUAACAUUGUCUUCCAUAAACACGGUUUUAACAAUGAGUCCAUAAGUGACUGUGGAGGCCAAUUCUGCAUGCACAUGUCCUUCCACAGUGGGGACAUUGGUUGCCAGGUGGGAGUUGAUCAUGGUGUGGAUUUGCCAAGUGUGCCUUCCUCUUAGCACGUUUCUCCCUUGCGUCCUGAGAUCGAGUGUCUUCAAAGCCCAUGACACCUUUGGGAAAGGCUGUUCUCCAACUGGAGCGCUCGUAGGCCAGUGUUUCCCAGUUGUUGGUGUUUAUACUACAUUUUUAAAGAUUUGCCUUGAGACAGUCUUUAAACCUCUUUUGUUUAAAGACGAUCAUCAGGCAUCCUCACAACAAUGACCAGUCCAACGAAGUUGAUGUUGAAAUCAUUGCUUCAACACUGGCAAUCUUUGCUUCUUCCAGUACACUGAUAUUAGUUCGCUUGUCUUCCCAAGUGAUGUGUAAAAAUUUUCGGAGACACUGUUGAUGGAAUCUUUUGAGCAGUUGGAGAUGGCAUUUAUAAGUGGUCCAUGUUUCACAAGCAUAUAGUAAGGUUGGUAGUACUAUAGCUUUGUAAACAAGCAUUUUGGUUUCCCUGCGAAUGUCUCGGUCCUCAAACACUCUGUACUUCAAUCGGGAGAAAGCCGCACUCGCAGAGCUCAGGUGAUGCUGGAUAUCAGCAUCAAUGUUGGCCCUUGUGGAAAGGUAACUGCCUAGGUAGGAGAAGUGAUCAACAUUUUCCAAUGUUACACCACUGAGUUACACCACUGAACUCCCUUCCCUUUUAGGAUUUCGGUCCAUGGGAUUUCACCCAGCGUUUCCCUAAGUUUUCUGAAGUUGGCUUUCUUAAAGUCUAGGAUUUGAGUCUUAGUAUGCUUGGUUGCUCCUUUCUGCUGUAUAAUAAACUCCAGAAGAGCAUGGUCACUCCCACCUAAUGAUCCUGCCACUUCUACCCCACUAACCAGGUCAUCACUAUUGGUUAGGAUCAGAUCUAAAAUGGCUGAUCCUCUUGUUGCUUUUCCUAAUUUCUGGACAAUGAAGUUGUCUGCAAGGCCAGUGAGGAAUCUGUUCGACCAUAUGCUCUUGGCUGAGUUCGACAUCCAACAAAUAUCAGGAUAGCUGAAAUCCCCCAUUACUACUAUCUCACUUCCUUUUGAAUGCCUGGUCAUCUGUUCCAGGAAGGCAUCAUCUGUGUCCUCAGUUUGGCUUGGGGAUCUAUAGUAAACUCCCACAAAUACCGUGUUUCCCCUUUUUAAAUACGUAGUCAGAAAGUAAGCCAUGGCAGCAUUUUUUAGCAUUAGUGAAAUAUAAGACACACCCCAAAAAUAAGACAUACCUCCAUGCCGUGUAGAGCGAGACCGCCAAGCGCCCCCCAGCCAGCCAGCGGGACCCAGCCAGCCAGUGGGGCCUGGAACCGGCUGCUGUUGUUGCUGCUGCAGCAGCGAGCGCUCAGAGCGCCCUGCAGCGCCUGGCCCCUUCUUUUUUGGCUGCCCAAGGCCUGCCGCCCCGCCGCUGGAACCGGCAGCUGGCCUCUUCUUCUUCUUAUUUUUUGGCUGCCCGAGGCCGGCAGUUGCAGAGCGGAGCGCUCUGAAGCGCCGAGCGCUCGGAGCGCCCUGCAGCGCCUGGCCUCUUCUUCUUCUUUUUUUGGGCUCCCCGAGGCCUGCCGCCCCGCCGCCGGAACCGCUCGGAGCGCCCAGCAGCGCCGGGUGGAGCGCUGAGCCAGCGGCCUGCCACCUCAGUGCCUGGAACCGGUGGCUGCUGCAGUGCUGCGCAGAGUGCCCAGCAGCACCGCGAGCCAGUGGCCUGGCCCCUCUGAGGAGGCCUUAAGGUACAAGACAUCCCCUGAAAAUAAGACACCGUGUGUGUUUUUGAGUAAAAAAAGGUAUAAGACGGUGUCUUAAAAAAGGGGAAACACGGUAAUGAAUAGAGUUGGGGCAAUAACACAACCCUGUUUAACACUGAUCCCACUGCGAAUGGUUCACUUUGAGAGCCAUUGUUAUCUGUGAUUGUUGCUGUCAUAUUGUCGUGGAGGACCUGAAUUUGGCCUACAACUCCCAUGAUCCAUAGCUAACAGGACCAGUGGUUGGGGAAGAUGGGAAUUGUAGUCCAAAACAUCUGGAGGGCUGAAGUUUGGGGAUGCCUGCUCUAACCAAUCCGUUAAUAAAUCCCUUAUCUCCUCGUAGUCUUUUAGUUUCACCUGGUGUUCUACUUCAGUUAACAGCUCUCUUAUAGGCCAAUUACUUCUCAUAUUCAGUUUUUUUCUGAGAUUGCUUCUAAAGGAGAGAGCCACCAAGGUGGUUUUUUUUUUGUUCUAAUAAGUUGUUAUAUUUUUCCCAUACCAUAAAAAAUGAUUUUCUUAUUAAAUGAUUCUGAAAACCUUUGUGCACCUUUGCUUUUUCAUACCAUAAAUAUGCAUGCCAUCCAAAUCUAUUAUCAUGUCCUUCUAAAUCUAAAAUAUCUGCAGUGUUAUCCAUUCCUGGAUCCAGCAAAUGCAGGAUGCCUUUUAGUAGAAUUUUUAAUCUGGUAAGGUGAAGCCUCCUCUCUCUUUAGCAUCUGUUAGCAAUUUAUAUUUUAUCCUUGAUCCUUGAUUUCUUCCCCUGCCAAAUAAAUCUAGAAAUAUCUUUUUGCCAUUCCUUGAAGUGUCCUGCACUGUUGAUCACCAGUAUUAACUGAAAUAAAAACAACAUUCUUGGCAAUACAUUCAUUUUUAUCACUUAUAUUCUUCCCCCAAAAGAUAAAUUCAUCCUACCUCAAAUCUCUCUUUAGUUCUUUCCAAGUACUUUUAAAA